CGGCAAUGUCCUUUCCUCGGCGUGUGGUGGUAACGGGUCUUGGGUUAGUGACGCCUUUAGGAACAGGGGUGAACCAUGUGUGGUCUGGAUUACUUGCAGGAAGGUCAGGAAUCACUUCUCUUAAGGGAGUCAAGCAUCAAGGUACCGGUCGGGGAUACGAGGACAUACCAUCGCAAGUUGCUGCCCUUGUCCCGCGAGGCAAUAAAGAGGGCGAGUUCGAUGUGGACAAGUGGGUGAAGAAAGGGGAUGUGCGAAAUAUGGCGCCUUUUAUGCAUUACGCGUUGUCAGCGGCGCAACAAGCUAUAACUGACUCUGGUUGGCUUCCUACAACUGAACUGGAGAAGCAGCGCACGGGCGUCUGUUUUGGGUCGGGUAUUGGCUGUUUGGACGAGAUGGAAUCUACGGCAAUAUCUUUCGCUGAAAAUGGAAUGAGAAGAAUUUCUCCUUAUUUUGUGCCAAAGAUCCUCAUCAAUUUGGCAGCGGGGCAUAUUAGUAUGCGUUAUGGCCUUCAGGGUCCUAACCACGCCGCAUCAACAGCUUGUACCACCGGGGCCCAUUCAAUCGGAGAUGCCAUGCGAUUUAUCCAAUUCGGGGAUGCGGAUGUGAUGGUAGCUGGUGGUUCGGAGGCCAGUGUGUCGCCUUUGGCGAUGGCAGGGUUUGCAAAAGCGCGGGCGUUAUGCACAAAAUUCAACGAUGAUCCGGAGGCCUCAUCGCGGCCGUUUGAUCGAGAUCGCGACGGAUUCGUCAUAGGGGAAGGUGCUGGAUGCAUGGUGCUAGAGGAAUAUGAACAUGCUAAAGCCAGGGGCGCCCGAAUAUAUGCUGAACUCCGCGGAUAUGGGUUGUCCAGUGACGCACAUCAUAUAACUGCACCUCCCGAUGACGGCCGAGGGGCUGCCAGAUCAAUGCAGCGCGCGCUUGAGAUUGGCGGUCUGACAGUGGAGGAAAUUGAUUAUAUCAAUGCACAUGCCACAAGUACUGGAUUAGGUGAUUUAUCGGAAACUCGAGCGAUAAAAACGGUCUUUGGUGACUGCUCGCAUAAAGUGGCUGUCUCCUCUACAAAAGGUGCGAUUGGACAUCUCCUUGGAGCUGCCGGCGCUGUGGAGGCGAUUUUCACCGUUUUGGCAAUCGUUAAUGAUGCACUACCACCGACGCUAAACCUUCACAACCCAUAUCCACGCGAAGAUUUCUCUUUGGAUUAUGUUCCACUCGUAGCAAGAGACAUGAAGGGGACCAACGGCGGGAAGGGAGUAUUCGCAGCUCUUACAAAUAGCUUUGGAUUUGGAGGAACAAACGCAAGUCUACUGUUUGCGAAGGUGUGAGGCUAUUUAAUGAAGGCCGUCCUAUGUGUAGGCAGGACCCUAUUCUGGGCUUAUAGCACUCGAAUGAUAUUCAAUGGAUUAUCUCACUUCGCCUUGAUACCCAUGAGAAUGAUUAUUAUGCUGUAUGAUGUGUUCCUUGUAACUUACCAGGCGGCGGAAAAUAUCAUUAGAAAACAUACACUCCCCCGUCAGCACCCC